CCUGACGUCUCCCACCUCGUACUCCUGAGCAUUGCUUCUCUUUUUAUGACGUUCCGAUCACGAUUUGAAUGAAAGACUUACAAGCAUUCGACCGACUGUCCUUCGCCAACGCUCGUCCUCUCUCUUUCUAUCUUACGGUGCCCGAUCAAGCGCAUCUGUCUGUUUGUGGCAUCACCACCACCACCACGGUCGCCUGAAUUAGUCUUUCGUCUCAGCCCCCGCCUCCGUUGUUGGCGACUGUUCUUUCAUAAUCGUCAGAAUGAUGAGCUUCGAUGGUGGCACAGCUUACGCCGAGUCCGACGCCGACGACGAAUACGAGCGAAGCAUGGGCGACCACUCUCCUAUCACCAACUCUGAGGCUUCCCCCAUAGACUCCGAGCUCUCGACCUCUGCAGAGCAUACUCCUACUACAUACGGCCACCGCAGCAGCGCCGACCGUCUCCCAGAAACCAUCAUCACCGAAUGGACCGUUGAGGAAUGUGCUGAUUUCAUUGGCACCAUUGGUCUUCAACAGUAUGCCGAUCGCUUUAUAGAAAACGAGAUUGUUGGCGAGGCCCUGGUAGCGUUACAACAUGAUGAUCUCAAGAGCAUGGGCAUUGCUAGUGUGGGACAUCGCCUAACGAUCCUCAAAAGCGUCUAUGAUGUCAAAAAGGCUCAAGAUGUCCCCAUUGAGAGCGACCAUUACCUCCCCCUAUCCGCCGACGCCGAAGCGCAAUAUGCUACCGCAACUAUCAAGGACAUCAAACAUCUUGUCGAACAAUUCCGUCUCCGCGAUGAACGCAUGAACCUACUCGAACAGGAUCUGCGACGAAUGACAGAAGAUUUCAGACGAUUGCGAGAGGAUAUGCUCCCGGCCUUGCGCUUGGUCAAGGAUGCGCAGCAGCCUUUGCCCAAUCUGAGUGGUAACAGCCAGCAGGCCUAUGGCUACGAAACAACCAUAUCGCCCCCCGCACCAACACCACCCCCGGGCUCGAGUCAAUCUGGAAGCUCUGUCAAGCGACAAUAUUCGACCCGCAAGAUUCUCAUCGGAGCUACACCAAAGAAUGCAUCACCCACUCAAUCCACGCACGAGAGGUCAAUAGCGGAGACUGCGUUGGAUCCCGCAAGUGCUGCAGAGCGAGCCGUCCUAUCGUCUUCCCAUCUUGCAGCUAUGAACGGAGGUGGUCAGGGCUCUUCCUCCCCUUCGUAUCCCUCACCCAACAUUCCCUCCCCGACAUCUCCUCAGACCCACAUGUCCGCUACGACCCUCGCCUCUCGAUCCUACCGUAGUGAAGCACCGACACCCUCCACACGAACCACUUUCAACGAUGAAGGUCACGCCAAUGCAGUCUAUACCUCCCGCGAAAAGGCACCGCAAGGGCCGCCCCGCCGACGAGAAACCCCUGUACCUGAUACACCCAGUCAGAGCAACGCUUCAGUCGAGAUCUUCAAAUCGUUCCGUGUCAGUAUGGAGGACCCCUGCUACAAGGUUCUUCCUGCUGCGCUGAAAAAGUACCAGAUCAACGCUCCAUGGGACCAGUAUGCUCUCUAUAUUGUGUACGGCGAUCAGGAACGUUGUCUAGGUCUCGAGGAGAAGCCAUUGAUUCUGUUUAAGCAACUGGAUAAGGAAGGCAAGAAACCCAUGUUUAUGCUACGAAAGACAACAACAGCACCUUUAGAUGGAGAGCCAGGAAGCGCAGGGCUGGGCAGCACCUCGAGAGGGGCGCCAACAGGCUACGAUCCCCCAGGAGGAAUCAUCUAAACUCUACUCGGAAUGGGUGCCUCAUGGUGGAGGUUCCCAACAAUCCAAACGCAGAGUAUCGGACGGCGCCUACCGAAACCCGAGCCCAUUCGAGUGGUGAGCACGAGACGCAUGCUGUACGUCUGACAUGCAGAGUCGGCACUAACCACCAGGUCUAGAUGCGUUUCUUGGAAGUGGGACAAGGCAAGAGUCGGCAAACCUGUCGAGGUGGCCUGCAUGACGUUUGGUGAUGUUUGUUUCAGUGGGUCAGCGUUUCUGAGCUGAGGUGGUGAACCUGAAACA